AUGAUGUCGAAGCUCAAAGAGUCCUUGGCUGGUCCAGGGUAUGUGAUACUCAAUACCAUCCGCGCGCUCAACAUCAUCGUCUUUCUGGAUAUCAUUGCCGCUUGCGCCGUCAUGUUGGUCAAGAUCAACAUGUACAACGGGUGGUUCUUCUUCCAAGCCGUCACCCAUGCAGUCAUUGCUCUCAUCAGCAUUGCGCUCAUCAUCUCCGAGCUACCCUUCUUCCGGGAGUUCUUCAACCGCCGAUACCCCAUGUUCGGCGAAGAGGCCGGCUUCUUCGCUCUGGCAGCAAUCAUGAUGAUCCUCGGCGUCGCCGUGCUGGGCAACCUGAACACAGAAGUCAUGAGCCAGCAGUCCCUCGGCCUGGCAUUCUGGAGAAUCAUCAUUUCAGCCGGCAUCCUCGCCAUGGUCGUGAGCCUCGUGAAUAUACUCGCAACCCUCAUCUUCACCAACCGCACCCAGGGCCUCAGCGCCCGCCACGUCCGCCAAUACGGGGCCGUGGCCCCGCAAAAGGUGGUGAGUCGGGCCAGCAGUAACCGCUCCUUCCAGGCCAGUCUGAAUUUGAAGCGUGAAGAAGACUCGCUCCCAAGCUACACCCCGCAAUCUGCCACCAAACGCUUCACCAAGCGUCUAACGGGCCGGUUUCCCAUCAAAAUCUCCAAUCCCAUGAACCCCACCAAUAAUGGGACUAGUCUGACUGCGCCGCCUAUGAAUGACGCUGCAUCUUCUCGGUACUCGCGUGACUCGGCGGGUGUUACUAUCCCGGACCCGGCGCAUCAUCCUAUUCCAUACACCUUUCACCUCGCCUUCCAACCUCCCGCUGGCACAUUUGAUGAGAUAGGGAUCCUCUCUUUGCUGGCGACAAACAUGGCUGGCAUCGGGAUCUCUUGGGGGACCGUCAAGUCCCUUCUCAUUUUCUUCGGUCCUGUCCUCCUCCCUCGCCUGAUCAGAGCUUACCGCACUCUCCGCGUAUCAAUCGCAAGCCGGCCUCCUCCACGCCCAAUCCCCGCCGGCGCCAGUCGCGCAUUGAACCUCUUCUUCGCCAGCAUCGCCCUCUUCCUCGUCCUCAGCCUCCCAUUCAACCCUCACGCCCCCGAACCCAACAUUUUCUCCCUCACCCGCUCACGCAUCAACACUCCCAUCGAUGUGGUCUUCCACCGUCUAUCGCGCCUCCGGCCGGACAGCAUCUUGACGGACGCCGACGUACGGCUACGCGAGAAACUCACCUCCCUCGGAGCCCGCAAGGUCUACCUCACCUUCGGCCCGGACGCUUUGGUCUCAUGCCAAUACUGCUCUUUUGAGGAUCUCAACACCUACCUCCUCUACUACCUGCCAUUCCACAUCCUCCUCCCACACCUGGUCCACCUCUUGAUCCUAGGCGUAGCCACAUCAGCCCCUUUCGCAGGCCGCGAAGCCGCCCGCUGGCGCACCAAAUUCACGCUCGCCGGCCUGGCGCUAGCAGCACUGGACAUCUACAUUGUGGCACGGUACGAUGCAAUCACAUCGGCUUCCCCCGCCGUGCGGGCAGGCCAAGUGCCCCCAAUUGGUCUCUACAAUCUAAUUUCCCUCCUCCGGCCACUGGCAUUUACCGUGUGUGACGUAACCUGUGCAAUCAUCAUCUACCUCUCCUCCACCAACCGGUUCUUCUUCAAACCGCCCUCGCAGGCCGACCAAGUCGACCAAGCCGUCUCCGCCGCACUGACGAUGCUGACGGGCGCUAACAACAAGCUCCAUGCGGCCAGUGUGACCCGCAAUGCGGUCGUUCGGGAUAAGGCGCUAAAGACGCGCGAUGAUGUCUACUGGCAGGCGAUGGUGGCGGUCGAGAACCCCACUCGAGGCUCCGGGGGAGCCGGGCACGGCCAGAUUGAAGGUGUGGAGCGGGUGGACGUGGUGAAUAAUAUUUGGGAGGAGGAAGAAGUGGCUCGAGCUAUGUCGCGGGCGAUGGCGGGUCAGGGAGGAGUUGAUUUGGCGCAAUUGGGGAUGAAUGCGAAUGAGUUUGUGCGCGGUGUGACCGAGGGUUUGGAUUGA